AACAAGUUGCAAACGUGGGCUGAAAUUAAGAGGAAUCUGAAAAAUCUUACUCUUACAUCAGAAUAUUGGAUCCCUGUGAUCACAGACGAGAUGGCAAUGUGGGCUUAUUGGAAAGAAGACUUGUCUUCCUGUACAUGGCGUGUUGUACUUGAAAAAAAUAUGAUACUUCGUAUUUGUAUUGGAGAAAGAGAAAUUGAUUCUCUAGGUGGGAAAAUGAAAAGUAUAGAAGAUAUUCAGAAUAUUCUUCAAAAAUUAUCCAAUGUCAAACCAUGUAAGGAAGUCGGCAGUAAUUUCUGUGCAAAAUUGUGCGUUGGAUAUGUGACAAGAGAUUGCUCAGUACGUGGUGUGCAGCGCCAAAGAUGUAUACCGUGUGCAAAAUAUUACAAAAAUAUACUUAAAAAAUCGAAGUGGUCAACACCAUUGCAAAGAUUGUCAAGAAGCGGACAAUCCCUCCGUGUGAGAUGUAAAAAUGUUUUUCGGAAAAAUUUGAGGCUUCAGAAGAAGGUUAUACGUCUAAAAAAAGAAGUAGAGUGUAUAAGGAAGAAAUGCGCUCAAGCAAAUACACAGGCAGUGACAGAUGCUAUAUUAAAACUACCCAAUAAUCAGCAAUUGUCUGUGCAAGCAUGUCUUACAGCUUGUAAAGCAAAAAGUAAUAAAGGCAUAAGAUACACCACACAGUGGGUGUAUGAAUGUUUGUUAUUGCGAAUCAAAAGCAAAAAGACGUACAACCACCUCCGAAAUCACAACAUCCUUACUCUCCAUGUAUUGAUACGUUAAAUCGAUACAUUCGAGCAAUAAAAGGUUGCUAUGGGUUCCAAGAAAACACAUUCAAAUUGUUAAAGG